AUGCCGAACGAGACGGAGCCCCUUCUCCCUCGCUAUGAGGACGACACUGCCCGUCAGCGUCAACUCCACCAGAAGCUGCAUUCCUAUCAGAUGUUCCGCGCCUUGUCCGAGGGGUACAUGCCAUCCACGGAACAGGCAAUCGCCAAUCUACGCACCUUGCUCGCCUCAGACGUACUGAACCUUCGGAAUCAGGAGAUCGGCAGCCACGGUCGCCAGCUGGUACGCGAUGUGCGCUUGUUGACUGAGGCCUGCAUUGAGUUCCUGCGCACCAAAAAUAGCCAGGAUCAACUGCAGGACUUUCUCUGGCACCUGUCCCGAUCUCGGGUGGCCCUCGAUAGCUCCCGGGUCUCCAACACCGCGGCCCACGUGAAAGCGCGCGCUGACACUAAAGCAGCGUACGAUAGCUUCCGCACCAUUGGAAGCUUGCUUCUGACCAACGCGGACUUCCGACUCUUUAUCGAUGACGUCGCCACCGUAGGUCGCCAGAUCUUUGCUGACACUGCGUCCUCUCUCUCCGAGGCCUCGAAACAGGUCGCUGAGCAGAUCCAACCCUCCGAGGAAGAAGAGCAAGCAUUAGCUGGUCCCGGUGCUGAUGAGGAGCACCGCAUCUCGCGAGAGGAAGUACAGGAAGAACUGGUUGAGACGGUCAAAGUAGCUGGCAAGGGUGUCGCGCAAACUGGCGAGGCGGCCGUGCAUAGCGCCCGUGAGCACCUUGCAGGCCAAGAGAAAGAGACUUUGUUGCAUCGGAUUAAACAAGUCGUCCUGAAUCUCCGCGAGCGAACUGACUAUUCGGAUUCUGUCUCCACCAUCACCCAGUUGGUACAGCGCUACGCCGUUCUCUACGCUAAUGCCGCUGAAGACACUGCCUCGGCUGCACAUGAAGAUGUUGAACUCAAUUCCGACCUGAAACAGGCGGUGGAUCAAUUUUGGGGGUUGCUGCGAUCGUUCGGUCAAGCAAAGGAGUGGGAUCGCCUCCAGCAAAAGUUCCACGAUGUCCUACGUCACGCGAAUAAGGAUCCCGAAUUUGAACGACUGAUGGGAGAAGUAGGCAGCUCGCUGAAGGACAUGCUAACCGACCCGGAGUUUUUCGAUUCAGCCCCACAAAAGCUGGAAGAGCUGCAGCAACAGUCGGAGAAGGUCGGGUCGGAGACUCGUCUUCGUCACGACGUGGAUGGCUUCCUCCUACAGGCUAAACGGACGUUGCGCACUGUCCCUGAUGACCCGGCUGUUUACAAGCUGGUCAAUGCGAUUAAGAAGAUCUAUGGCGAUGCGGGGGAUGCGUACAACAGCAAAAAAGCUCACUUCCCUGCGGAAUUGGCAAAUGUCGCCUUCCCCGUCAUCCUACGGAUGAUCCAGUACGUGCCAAUUCCUCGCCUGGAGGUUUCUGCUCCUGAGAUGGACCUGUUGUUGGAAAAUCUCGUUCUGGAGCCCGGUCACACGGUCAACUACUCGUCAUUCCUGCCCUACCGCAUGCAUCUGCUCACACAAAAUGAGAUUGAAAUUGUCAAAAAGCAUUCGAAGCGAACAGACACAGCCAUCAAGACCAUGUUCCGUGUGUCCCUCAACGGUUUGAAUAUCAGUGCUCAGGAGUUUGGCUACUGGUUUAGGACUCAUCACCUCUUCUUCCGCUUGAGAGACGAAGGAGUUGCUAGCUUCUAUCUUGACCGUCGUGGCAUCGACAUUUCUCUGGACAUUGAGAUUGGCCGUGACCGACUAGAACACAUCUUUACUCUCCGUGGAGUCCGCGUACGUAUUCACAAACUAGACUACAAGGUACAGAAGAGCAAAUGGAAGUUCUUGCUGUGGUUGACGAAGCCCUUCCUCAAGCACCUUGUGCGUCGUGUCCUUGAAAGAAAGAUUGCGGAAGAAAUCGUGAAUGCCGCUUCUACUUUGAACCGAGAGCUGGUCUUCGCUCGAGAGCGUUUGCGUGCCACCCGCAUCGCCAACCCUCAAGACCUGGCCACCUUUGUGCGUGCCGUGCUAGCACGACUGGUACCUGCCAAUGAUGAUGUUGAGACUCGUGUUGGCUUGGAACCUCCAGACAGCGGUGUGUUCAAGGGAGUCUACGCUCCAGGCAGUAUUGUUAAGACGUGGCAUGAAGAGGCUACCCGUGCCCAGGAAGCAAUUGAGGAUGGUGACGAGACCCAUGGAUUGGGCCGCACGUGGCGGAAUGAGAUCUUUGAUGUGGCUGGACAUCACUGA